AUGCCAAGAACCCAAAUUUGGGGUCGUCCUCCUCAACAAAAGCUAUGUUUCCUGAGCCUGCAUUACGAGCUUUCUUGUGUUCACCUGGUCGAUGCGCGCCUGCCGGCCACUGCCCUUCCUUCCCUCCACUGGGUCGGAAGCAGUCAGCAGCAAUGUGGUUGCCUUCUUCCCCCUCCUCCUCUUUCCCUUCUUGAAACCCCCUUGCGAGUAAAGGGCCGUCUCAUCAGAUGGGGCCUUUUUCUCGAGUCGGGUUUGGAUGGAUCUUCAAUCAUACUCCUAUGUAAUAUGUUAAAGUGUUCCAUGAGGGGUAAGUUUCUGCAAGCUAAGUGA